AAAAAAAAGCAAUAGAGAGAAAAUGGUAGCGAUAUCACUAUACAGAGGAAACCUCCACAAAGCCCCCGACGUACCUCGUCGAUGGCUAGUCCCAACCCCCAAAAUCUCUCUCAAAAACUUCAAAAUCCUCCUCCACCGACGUGCCGAAGCCCUCUCUCGCCUCCGCUCCACCUCUUCCUCUUACCCUAACCCUAACCCUAACCCUAGCCCUAAUGUGAAACAAGAGGAAGAUUUGAAACCUAUUGGGAAUUCAAGUAGAGAGCCUCCAAUUCCUGAACCGUGCCCUCCGUUGAGAACUGAAGAGAUUGUUAAAGAGGAGAAGGGAUUGGAGGUAAAGGAGGAGAAGGGAUUGGACUGUGGUGAUUGUGAAGCGAAACCGGUUGGUGGGUCUGAGCCGUUGGUUGAGGAUAAGCAUGUCGUUGUGGAAAACAAGACCAAACCGGCGGAGGAACAUGGGAAUUCAGAGGACGUGAAAGCAGAGGCUCCGGUGAAUCCUAGCUCGGAGACAAACAAGAAAGGGGAUGCAUUAAACGAUAAAGAGAAAAGGAAAAGGGAGAUUGAGGACAAGUUGCAAAUUUUAAAUGAAAAAAAGCACAAUUUGGUACAAAUGCUGAAACAGAUACUGAAUGCAGAAGAGGAAUUGAAGAGACGAAGUAGUGUGCAAGGAAUGGCAGUUCGGCCACCUGUUCCUCUGCUAGUGGAUGUUACAAAUGACUCUGGAUCAAUGUCUAGACAUGCCACUUCUAAAAUGGGUUCAGAAGCGAACCUUGGUGAUAUGGAAGUGGGAGAAGCUGAUGAUAUUUCUAACCAUAACAUGUAUUCUCGAAAUUUGCUUCGAAUGAGCAGUAUAUCGCCAUCCUCAGAUUCUCCUUAUAGGAGACCAGCCUAUAAUAUGCUUCCACACCCUUCACGAACAGCUUUUGCAGUUGCUGGUAGUCCAUCACGCUUUGCACCCCCUGGGCAACAAGGUCACGCAUCAAAUCUACCCACAGUAUCCAUGUCUGGAACAAACUACGUUGCAUCCUCUCCUUCACCAGCGGCAUCAGGUGGCACUUCAGCAUUCCGAGAUGCCCGGCACCCAAGUCCAUGGAAUUAGAAGUGAUGCUAUCUGCGUUUCACAGCUCAGGUUCACAUAUAGGCAUUAUUUUCUGUCUCCUGGCUUUGUGUAUCUUAGAGCUUAGAGCCUUAGAUAAGUCAUCAACCAUUGUUAAUGACCAGGAACCAUGUGAUGUUGCAGCUGAAAAUUGAUCUCUCCCAUCUUUUAUGUGGACUAGAAAAGGAAUAGCUUAGGUUCCAGUUUCUAAUGCCUUGAGCCUGGCUCAGAGCGUCAAAGAUUAGAAAACAUCUUUUUAAGCCAUCUUCCAUCUAUAUCAGCGUGGGGAGAACUGUCAUUGCCAUGUAGUUCCAAGUUUGUAAAUUGAUGUUGGCAAUGCUUGCCAAACAAAGCCGUUAGUGUCUAAGAAAUGAAGCUUUCAGCCCCGGCUCCUGAGUGUAGGAAAAAUCUAAUGUACUGAUAAGUAUUGUGCCGAUAAUAUGUUACAAUCCAAUCACUAGGUACGAGCACGACUCAAUGAGGUCAAAGCUACCAACUUAUUAGGUCCAAAAAUUUGGGUUUGAUCUUAAAAGAUCCUGAAUAAGUCUUUGAAAAUUGGGAUUAAUUACGUACGAAUCCCAAAUCGAACCCAUGAGUCGUAAGUUGGUUUAUUUGAGUUGUAACUUGGACCUAAUUGGGUUGUAAUACUGCAGAAAAAUCUGAGUUUAUAUCUAUAUUCUUGUUUGUUUUUGGGUGUAAUAUAGCUUCCACUGCUUGGCAGUUGCUUAUUCAUAGAUGUGACAUAUGUCAUCAGAACUUCAUAAACAGUUGCUUAAAGCAAUUAUUUAACUUCAUCCAUACACAACAUAAUGAAAUCCCGAAAAUUCAGAUCAGAAAUGACAAGGAGAUACAUCUGACACACCCAUGUUCUUUAAGCAUGGAUGAUGAUGAUGGUGGUGGUGGUGG